AUGGCGAAGAAGGACAAAGCUAGGGUUCCCGAUGACGAACAACAAAUCGAUUCUGAACCUAACAACAACCAUCAGACCCUCUACGAGGAAGCUAAAGAGAAGUUUCAGCAAUUGCAAAAAGUAAUCUCAAUUCUUGGGGAUGAAGAGAAACGAUCUCUUUAUGAUCAGACCGGUUGUGUUGAUGAUGCUGACCUUUCUGGUGAUGUUGUUCGGAAUCUUAGUGAGUUUUUCAGAACAAUGUAUAAGAAGGUAACUGAAGCUGAUAUUGAGGAGUUUGAAGCUAACUAUAGGGGAUCUGACUCAGAGAAAAAUGACUUAAUUGAUUUGUACAAGAAGUGCAAGGGUAAUAUGGACAGGCUUUUUUGUUCAAUGCUUUGUUCAGAUCCUAAAUUUGAUUCACAUCGAUUCAAGGAUAUACUUGACGAGGCAAUUGCUGCUGGAGAACUAAAGGACACAAAAGCCUACCAAAAAUGGGCGAAGAAAGUAUCUGAAAUCAAACCACCAACUAGUCCUUUAAAGAGGAGGGCGGAGUCUAGUAAGAAGCCAGAAACAGAUCUUUAUGCAAUGAUAGCACAACGUCAAAAUCAGAGGAAAGAUCGAUUUGAUUCAUUGUUCUCAUCACUGGCUUCAAAAUACGGUGGAGGUGAUAUGCCUGAGCCCUCUGAAGAGGAAUUUGAAGCUGCACAGAGAAAGCUGGAUAGUGGAAGAUCCUCAAAAAAGGCAAAGCAAUCAAAGCGGAAGUAACCAGCAUGUAAUUACGUGUAUAGUUUGUUUUUCUUAACUUAUUUCUGUGUGCAUGAUCUCAACUCCUGUUAGUGUAGUAAUAGUUCUUUUCUGUUGAACUAUUAUGGUGUUGCUUUUAAAUGUGUGUUGAAUUGAAUGGUUAUUUUCAAGUUGAAUGCAAUCAUUUUACUUGUGAGUUAA